ACUAGCUUUGGUUUGUUUACUGUGCUGUAUAUUGCAAGACAAGUGGCUUACAUUUUACAACGGUGUGUCGCUCAGACUCCUGUCAUAUCUCAGACUGCAACUGUUGAAAAAGAUAAUUGGGUCAGGAUGAAUGGAGAGACUACUUCCGGUGAGCUCUCGGUAGUCAACAACAGUGCCCCCAAUGUAGAUGAAGGUGAUCCAAAGCCACUAAAUUUGGCAACAACAACUGCUGCCACAACAAUUGCCCAGCAGCUCCAGUUACUACAGCAACUGCCACAGUUUGCCACAGCAGCAGCCCCUCAGUUGGCUACAGCACCUCAAGGUUUCUUUAUUCAGAACCAGUUUGGGCAGCCAGCUAUGAUCCCUGUGUCCGCAUCACUCCACCCGGGACUGCAGUUUGGUACCCAGGACUUACAACAACUUCAACAACUUCAGCAACAACUGCAGCAACAGCAGUUACAGCUACAGCAGAUUCAGACCAGCCAGGCCCCUGUUGUUACACAGCCCCAGGCCACAUCCAUCGUCACCACCCCACAAAUACAGGCCACAUCCAUAGCCACAACGCCACAAAUACAGGCCACACCUAUGCUCACUGCCAGUGUGGCUGGGGCCUUACAAGGGUUAUCCGCAGGCACACAGCAAAUUGUAUUUGUUAAUCCGGCACAUUUGGCAGCAGGACUGCAGCCACUGGUCAUUCAGAAUCAGGGCAUCCCUUUAAUCCCUGGUUUGACUGCAACAACCCUUGCAACGCUUGCUCAGCAACAGCAGCAACAGACUCAGCCACAACCAACACAACAACAGCCACAACCACAACAGCAAUCUGCACAACAACAACAACCACAGCAGCCUCAGCAACAGCAGACCCAGCAGCAGCAACCAGCCAUCAGUCAGAUUCAACCACAGGUCCAGCAGCAGCUGACCUCAGGGAUACAACAACCAGUUCUCCAGACAGCAGAGGUUGGACAGUCGUUACAGCUUGUAAAACAGAUUAACACACAAGGCCAGUUCUUAUCACCAACUUCACUUAAGACCCUGAAAAAACUGGACACAUUGCCUAAUAACACCGUCAAUACAGCUCUCAGUAAUCACAUCAGUCCGACGGUCAGCCUCAGCAUCAAUGUCAAGUCUGACCCCUCAGUCUCACCGCCUCUCAGUCCUACAUCUCCCCUCACACUUCAGCCGGAAGAAAACAUUGAUCUUGAAGAAUUAGAACAAUUUGCCAAAACUUUUAAAAGAAGACGGAUUGAGCUAGGGUUCACUCAGGGUGAUGUCGGCCUAGCGAUGGGUAAGCUAUAUGGUAAUGACUUCAGUCAGACAACGAUCUCCAGGUUUGAAGCAUUAAACCUGAGUUUUAAGAACAUGUGUAAACUGAAACCACUCCUACAAACCUGGUUGAAGGAUGCAGACUCCAUGUCAGCCAAUGCUGCUCCAUGUCCUGGAAGUCCGGGAGGGGUCAUCACACCAGAAUCGGUGUCAAGGCGGCGUAAGAAACGUACUAGUAUAGAAACAACGAUUCGUGUUGCUCUAGAAAAAAGUUUUCUUAAUACCCCAAAACCUUCGUCAGAGGAGAUCAGUAUGCUAGCAAAUGGACUAAACAUGGAGAAGGAGGUGGUGAGAGUUUGGUUCUGUAAUCGACGACAAAAGGAGAAACGUAUAAACCCUCCUUCAUCCUAUGUAUCCUCCACCAACUCUGUACAGCUGGUAAAGGGCUUAUCUGUGUCUCCUACAGCUGUGUCAACCAAUCUCGGCACUGCCACCUUACCUAAUAUUGUCACGCCCUCAAAUAACGUGUCCCAAGUAUCAACUGUAUCUGGUAACAUUCCCGUGAGCAUUUCUCUCGGCAACCAAAACCUCAUCAUGACAAAGUUAAUACAAGCCAAUACUACAAAUCAGAUGGUGAUUCCAUCAAGUUUGACUUCUGUGGAACAGUCUUCCAUAAAUAUUUCAAGUUCUGGUGUGGUUUCCAUGGAUACCUGCACUUGACCAGUGGUGGAGUAACUGUAUGCUGGAGAAUUUAUCACAGACUACAAGAAAUUUCAUUUUUGGUGUGGUUACCAUGGAUACCUGCACUUGACCAGCUGUAGAGUAAUUGUAUGCUGGAGAAUUUAUCACAGAUUACAAGAAAUUUCAAGUUCUGGUGUGGUUACCAUGGAUACCUGCACUUGACCAGCUGUAGAGUAACUGUAUGCUGGAGAAUUUAUCACAGACUACAAGAAAUUUUAUUUCUGGUGUGGUUACCAUGGAUACCUGCACCUGACCUGUUAUAGAACAGUUGUGGGUUUGAAAGACUACAAAACAUUUAAGUUCUCCUUUGAGACUAUUAAGUAAUAUUAUGCAUUCCUAUUUCAAGCCUGUCACUAAGGGUAACUGGUACAUGUUGUGAUUACUGAACAUGUCUAUUGCAGCAC